AUGCCAGGCAGCCACGAUCGCGCUAGCUGGAUGCCUCCGAGGAUUCGAAGAGGGCAGCGAUCGUCCCGGUCCUGGGCUCUGGCGUGCCGUUCGGGGCAUGUUGGACUUCCGACAGGCCGCGGCCACGGACGUCCCCGGGCCAAACUUCAAGAAGUGGCACCGCGCGGGUCGCCAGGUCAGAGACUUCCGCUUCUGGGAAGCUGCCAAGGCGCCCCAGCUAGUCAGCAGACCUGA